AUGGGCGCAGAUUCUCUGAGCGAGUAUUCAAUCGACUACCGUUUACGCCGAUGCUUUGCUACGCGUUCUCUUGCCAAUGCUCGAAUGCUUGGUGUCUUCCCCGAUGCCCAGGCCGAUGACGGCGCGGAUUAUUGGUCGAUACCGUCAAAACGAUGUCAUAUCGCUUGGGAGACUGGAUUUGCACGGGGAUAUGCCCUCCGAGUCGUUGCCACCCUCCGCGCCAUAGCAGUCAAAGUCGCCUUGGUUACACGCAAGCUCCUCGCAGCCGCAGCCAUCACCGCAACUCUUCGCACGCCACCACCACCGAUGGUGAGCAACUUCACCUCUCGUCAACGCCCGUUGAGAAGGUAUGCUGAGUGUCAUUGUCAUGAUCAUCCUGAUUCGUCUCCUCAAGACGCAUAUACUGGCGGUUUCCAUGACUACCGUUUUUUAUGUCACCCACUUGCUCACGGUCUUCCACAUGAUGGCCUAGUAUGGCCUCGCAUGGUGUCAGGAGCCAUGCAAGAAACCGGUGCCAUGCAAGGCCUAUCACCAGGGAUCCUCUCAUGGCCAUUUAUGGCCUUACGUGGAACCCGAACUUUUGCUGAUGACGGAGAAUUGCGAAUUCUGAGAGAGCCCGGACUGCACCAUUCAUCUCUUUCGGCCAACAAGGAGCUUUGUCCGGCGUUGGCCCCUGACCAAGGCCGGAGCUCACCUCUCGCCUUUCCUUCCAUACCUCAGGACCUCUAUCUUGUACUCAUACCACCUUCAUCCUGGCGUACGGACACUUCUCCGAGGUACGCCCAGCUUCGUCCAUUAUUCAAGGGAUCAACGUUUGCCAGGUCCCUCCACGAACAGCUCCUUCACCCGCCUUCGAAGAGGCUCUCAAAAUCACUCCGCAAGUAA